AUGAAUCAUAACAUUGCUCAGUUGUAUACCCCUAUUAUUAAUAACUAUAGACCAUAUGAGUCUCAUGGAUAUGAUAAUAUCAUCUCCAAGGAUAUGGGAAAUAGUGUGAACCCUGAUUUGUUAGUAGAACGUAGUCUUUUCAAGGACGGACUAAUGAUGCAAUUGUCGACUCAGCAACCUAUGGAUAAUGAUCCUACAAUAUCUAUGGCUAUGAGGCAUAACAUGAAGGCGGUCGACACCGAUGAUUUGGUCUCUGCUAACGCUCAUUACACUUUGGAAGAUUUCUUUCAUAAUUACGGCGAUUUGAGUGUUGUAGAAAGUAUCGAUGAUGUAUUUAACACUGAUUUGGAUUUCUCUAGGUUAUCUGGUAGUUUUGAUGAACCGAAUUUACUUGAUCCAUCUUUUGAAUCGCUUAUAGAUCUAGUGAAAUGUGAUAUUGUAGAAAAUGAACCACCCGUACCUGAACCAAUAUUACUUCCUCCGGAGCCUAACUUUACAUUUUUGUAUCAAAAUGAUAAUACGUUGAAUAUACCUCUUGAGGAAAUUGUGCAAAAAUCUAGACCAAAACCCAAGGCUAAGCAACGUAGGUCACCUCCUGUUAGACGCGAAAUUAUGGUGGCACCCCAUGCUAAUGAAGUUGAAAGAAAAGAGACAGUGGUCAAUGAUAGAAGGAUCGAUUAUGGUGCCAAUGAUACACCUGAAAAUAUUCAAGACCUUGAAUGGCAUCCUGGUUUUACCAGACACUUGGGAGCUAAGGGAAGAACCGCACUUCUUGAAUUAGUUAGGAAGGUUUAUAGACAGGAUCCCACCCAUUAUAAGGCUAUACUACAAUCCAGGAAUCCACCUUCGUCAAUUAGCAAUCUUCCUUUCUUUAGUAUUCCCAUGAUAUGGGAGCUUACGCAUCAAUUUGGCAUAUUCAAGCAGGCACUGAUGGUUUACAAGAACAACUGUUUUUCAAAGGGAAAAAAUCGAUUUCAUGGGUCUGCAAAUUCCAAUAGUGCAAAAGCUGCAAACUCUCCGCCAAAAUAUACCUCAAAUGAAGUUUACACUCAUAAUUCUGUCAAACGUGAAAUUAGCGGAUCUGAAAUGGACAAUAUUAAUGCAGUUAUUCCUCACAUGAAUCAAAUCACUACGAUGUCAGGACGCACAAUUAAACGCUCUAAAAAGGCUAUGGAGUCAUCUCCAAUUAUUCACUCUAUGAUGAGCCACACACAGCCAAUGAAAAAUGAAACUGGAAACAUGACUUUGAACGAUGGUAUCUAUAAUGGUCGUUUAACUUCUAGUAUCAGUAUUGGUGAUGAUAUUGCUGUUAAUCUACUUGGGUCUCCAGAUACCUUCCAAAGAAUCAUGACUGAAGACGGUGAAAAUGAUAUGGAAGUUCCAUUCAUUUGGAAUACUUCUGAAGUUUCCGCUGUACCCCAAAGUUAUAUGGAUGACACAAUUCCCGCAGCGGCAGGAUCUUCAUUCAAUCAACGCAUUUCUGUUUAA